GUCGAUUGCGAAGGCAGGGUUACAUGCAGAGUGCAGAACUAGAGGGGCAGGGGGCGGUGUGAGUUUGCGGUGAGGCUAAUUUAGCGCACACUACGUCCCGUGUUCCCGCCGCGCACGCAUCGCGGCCGCGCAGUGACGGCGAAGUGACGGCACAGUGACCGCGCAGUGACCGCGCUGUGACCACCCUCAGCAUGGGCCGCCUGCACACGUUCGUGGUGACGCUGCGGCGUGACAGCCGCGAGGUCAACUGGGGACUGCGCCUCGUCGGCGGCGCCGACCUGGCCACGCCGCUCAUCGUCACCAGGGUGACACCAGGCACUCCCGCUGGCAAAGAGCUGGUUCGUGGAGACAUCAUUGCUAAAAUCGACGACUACGACGCACGCGACCUGCGACACGAAGACGCACAGAAUCUCUUCAGGAAUGCACCGAAACAGAUCAAGCUUGUAGUGCAAAGGGACGUGGACCGUGACGGGCCUCGCUCGACCACCCCGAUGGCGCCACGUUCACCAAUUCCCAUGGCGGCUGCAGCACCAUACAGGACACCGAGCCCGCAGCCUGGCUGGCGUGGUCCCGAGUCUCUGCCCCGCACUCCAGUCCCACCGCACGGUCCCGCGGGUCCGGCUGGCUUGCCUCACUACACCUACCCUGUACAACAGGAGGGCGAGUUCAGGACACUAAUGCUCUCACCGACCUCCACACGCACCGAUGACACGCUUGAUGAGUCCAUUCAAAGCCAGCCAUACCGCACGACGCCCCUGGUGCUGCCCGGUGCGAAGGUACGACGUGAGCCUGGACCCACGGAAAGCUACCUGCGUCACCACCCCAACCCCGCCAUGCGUGCGCCCCCUAGCCACGACUACCGUGACACCCUUAUGAGACAGAAGGUGGCAGAGUCGGUGUUGCAGCGAGUGGUUGGCGAAGAAGGGAACAAGUUGGUGCACAAGCAAUUCAACUCGCCGAUCAAUCUAUACUCGGAACAGAACAUCGCUAACUCUAUCAGGCAACAGACCUCGCCGUUGCCUCACAAGCCCACCGUGCAGUACGACCCCGCGCGCUCCGAGACCUUCCGCGCGCUGCAGGAGGACGGCAUCACCGGCGACCUGCACGAGGUGCCCACGCCCGUCACGCCCAAGGUCUUCACCGCGCCCGCCAACAAGAAGCCUGUUCCGAGACCAGUUAAGCCUGAAGAGAAGCCGAAAGGAAAACAAACGACCUUCGUGAACUCCUUACACGAAGAGCACAUCCAACAAUCGAACUCAUUCAAACGCCUGAUGUACAACGUGCUCGGUGACACGGAGUUCUAGCGGCGCAUCGCUCGCUCGCGAUACACUACCGUCAUAGGGCAAGCUCCUAACCAUUGUGGCAAAUAAACAACUAUUCAACAUUCGCCACAUUUUAUAAAAUAGUCAAAUUGAAUAACUAAUACGACACGACGGACCGUCCUCAGUCACUCCGCAAUAUAUUCUUGCGGCCCGUGUACACUGUAUUCCUAAUGACCUAGUUUGUCGUCACAAUACAAUGGACUGAUUUUUAUAAUGGUUUUACGGCGGUUAGCUGCAGGCGCCAAUAAUAAUGUUAGACGUAAUGACUUGUUGGGUUAGCAACGAAUAAGACUAACAAAUUAAUUUUAGGAAGCUAUUGUAAUAUGCUCCUGGCAGUGUGUAAUAUUAUUUUUCGGUGGAUUUAAUUAUUCUAAUACUCGAGUAUUAGUGAUAUAAUUUAUAUUUACAUUAAGUAGAAAUGUAAUGUUUAUUUACUAAGUGUUGAUUUUCUGUUUGAACAGAAAUAUAUUGUUUAUGAAUACUUAUGAGAAAUGUUGAGUGUACAGUCUAGUCACUGCGAUCAGAGCUCCGGUCGUACCCACGAGAAUGAAAUUCGAUCAACCUUAAAUAAAUAAUUUAUUUUUAUUAA